AUUUUUAACGCUUUUGUUUAUUGGGACUGGUACACCUUUGUUUACAACAUGAUCACGAAUCUCCACUUGAGACGCGGGUUAUUUCACUUUGCUCGCAUGAAGAUCAUCAGCGGAAACUUCGCGUUCCUCGUCAGCGGCCUUCGAUGAGCUGAUGAUCUUGGUCUCGCGAUGGCAAAUUCGGCUGAGGCAGAUACUAUCUGCGGAUGUCGACACCCUCGCGAGGACGAAAGUGCUUCGAAAGACAGUCUCGAAAACGUUCCUAAUAUUCACGAGAUCGACGAGGAGGAGAGCGAACCCGAGGAAGACGCAUUACCUUCUGCUCUGAAGGACGAAGAAGGCGAUGCGCAGGAGACCAAGGAUUCCUCGGACGACGAAUCCGCGUAUGCAGGCGAGUCCUUUUGCUCCGAUGAAUCCUGCGACGAGUCCGAGGUCACCAACGUCGCGUCAGGAUCACAGAAUCUCCCCUCUAGGAUUCCCGUCGUUGAUCCUCAACGUAGCCAGAGUUCGAAGGAUGCAGAUAUUGGCGAAUCCAGAUGGAAGGAUGAAUCUUGCUCGCUCAGCGACGAACCGACGUCUUGCUAUCCGGAUAGGCAGGUCAAGCCAAGAAGGUGCAGACGAUGGAACAUGAGCUUCACCGAUGAGGAGAUGCGCAGGAUCGAGCGGGAGAACGAACUGCUGCUGAGGAAAAUUAUGGCGCAACAGAAACCCAGGCACAAGAUCCUCAGCGAGCCAAGUGUUCAGCCUAGAACCAGCAGCUCUGCGAUAAACAGGAAGAAAUUGCAGAAAAGAAUAGAAGAUGACAAUAUGCUGCUCCUUAGGAGGAUACAACAGGCCAAGUCGUGCGUUUUUGCAAAUUCAUCGAGGACGGGUUGCAGACUGACGUUUUUGUAGUCUUUUUUUUUUUAUUAUAUAAUAUAGAAAGAAUUUUAUAUUACGUUAU